AUGGACCGGUUGGACCAACUGGCCUGUUGGUCCAAUGGACCGGUUGGACCAACUGGCCUGUUGGUCCUAUGGACCGGUUGGACCAACUGGCCUGUUGGUCCUAUGGACCGGUUGGACCAACUGGCCUGUUGGUCCUAUGGACCGGUUGGACCAACUGGCCUGUUGGUCCUAUGGACCGGUUGGACCAACUGGCCUGUUGGUCCUAUGGACCGGUUGGACCAACUGGCCUGUUGGUCCUAUGGACCGGUUGGACCAACUGGCCUGUUGGUCCUAUGGACCGGUUGGACCAACUGGCCUGUUGGUCCUAUGGACCGGUUGGACCAACUGGCCUGUUGGUCCUAUGGACCGGUUGGACCAACUGGCCUGUUUGGUCCUAAUGGACCGGUUGGACCAACUGGCAUGUUGGUCCUAUGGACCGGUUGGACCAACUGGCCUGUUGGUCCUAUGGACCGGUUGGACCAACUGGCAUGUUGGUCCUAUGGACCGGUUGGACCAACUGGCCUGUUGGUCCUAUGGACCGGUUGGACCAACUGGCCUGUUGGUCCUAUGGACCGGUUGGACCAACUGGCCUGUUGGUCCUAUGGACCGGUUGGACCAACUGGCCUGUUGGUCCUAUGGACCGGUUGGACCAACUGGCCUGUUGGUCCUAUGGACCGGUUGACCAACUGGCCUGUUGGUCCUAUGGACCGGUUGGACCAACUGGCCUGUUGGUCCUAUGGACCGGUUGGACCAACUGGCCUGUUGGUCCUAUGGACCGGUUGGAACCAACUGGCCUGUUGGUCCUAUGGACCGGUUGGACCAACUGGCCUGUUGGUCCUAUGGACCGGUUGGACCAACUGGCCUGUUGGUCCUAUGGACCGGUUGGACCAACUGGCCUGUUGGUCCUAUGGACCGGUUGGACCAACUGGCCUGUUGGUCCUAUGGACCGGUUGGACCAACUGGCCUGUUGGCCUAUGGACCGGUUGGACCAACUGGCCUGUUGGUCCUAUGGACCGGUUGGACCAACUGGCCUGUUGGUCCUAUGGACCGGUUGGACCAACUGGCCAUGUUGGUCCUAUGGACCGGUUGGACCAACUGGCCUGUUGGUCCUAUGGACCGGUUGGACCAACUGGCCUGUUGGUCCUAUGGACCGGUUGGACCAACUGGCCUGUUGGUCCUAUGGACCGGUUGGACCAACUGGCCUGUUGGUCCUAUGGACCGGUUGGACCAACUGGCCUGUUGGUCCUAUGGACCGGUUGGACCAACUGGCCUGUUGGUCCUAUGGACCGGUUGGACCAACUGGCCUGUUGGUCCUAUGGACCGGUUGGACCAACUGGCCUGUUGGUCCUAUGGACCGGUUGGACCAACUGGCCAGUUGGUCCUAUGGACCGUUGGACCAACUGGCCUGUUGGUCCUAUGGACCGGUUGGACCAACUGGCCUGUUGGUCCUAUGGACCGGUUGGACCAACUGGCCUGUUGGUCCUAUGGACCGGUUGGACCAACUGGCCUGUUGGUCCUAUGGACCGGUUGGACCAACUGGCCUGUUGGUCCUAUGGACCGGUUGGACCAACUGGCCUGUUGGGUCCUAUGGACCGGUUGGACCAACUGGCCUGUUGGUCCUAUGGACCGGUUGGACCAACUGGCCUGUUGGUCCUAUGGACCGGUUGGACCAACUGGCCUGUUGGUCCUAUGGACCGGUUGGACCAACUGCCUGUUGGUCCUAUGGACCGGUUGGACCAACUGGCCUGUUGGUCCUAUGGACCGGUUGGACCAACUGGCCUGUUGUCCUAUGGACCGGUUGGACCAACUGGCCUGUUGGUCCUAUGGACCGGGUUGGACCAACUGGCCUGUUGGUCCUAUGGACCGGUUGGACCAACUGGCCUGUUGGUCCUAUGGACCGGUUGGACCAACUGGCCUGUUGGUCCUAUGGACCGGUUGGACCAACUGGCCUGUUGGUCCUAUGGACCGGUUGGACCAACUGGCCUGUUGGUCCUAUGGACCGGUUGGACCAACUGGCCUGUUGGUCCUAUGGACCGGUUGGACCAACUGGCCUGUUGGUCCUAUGGACCGGUUGGACCAACUGGCCUGUUGGUCCUAUGGACCGGUUGGACCAACUGGCCUGUUGGUCCUAUGGACCGGUUGGACCAACUGGCCUGUUGGUCCUAUGGACCGGUUGGACCAACUGGCCUGUUGGCCUAUGGACCGUUUGGACCAACUGGCCUGUUGGUCCUAUGGACCGGUUGGACCAACUGGCCUGUUGGUCCUAUGGACCGGUUGGACCAACUGGCAUGUGGGUCCUAUGGACCGGUUGGACCAACUGGCCUGUUGGCCUAUGGACCGGUUGGACCAACUGGCCUGUUGGUCCUAUGGACCGGUUGGACCAACUGGCCUGUUGGUCCUAUGGACCGGUUGGACCAACUGGCCUGUUGGUCCUAUGGACCGGUUGGACCAACUGGCCUGUUGGUCCUAUGGACCGGUUGGACCAACUGGCCUGUUGGUCCUAUGGACCGGUUGGACCAACUGGCCUGUUGGUCCUAUGGACCGGUUGGACCAACUGGCCUGUUGGUCCUAUGGACCGGUUGGACCAACACUGGCCUGUUGGUCCUAUGGACCGGUUGGACCAACUGGCCUGUUGGUCCUGUGGACCGGUUGGACCAACUGGCCUGUCGGUCCUAUGGAUGGACCGGUUGGACCAACUGGCCUGUUGGUCCUAUGGACCGGUUGGACCAACUGGCCUGUUGGUCCUGUGGACCGGUUGGACCAACUGGCCUGUUGGUCCUAUGGACCGUUGGACCAACUGGCCUGUUGGUCCUAUGGACCGGUUGGACCAACUGGCCUGUUGGUCCUAUGGACCGGUUGGACCAACUGGCCUGUUGGUCCUAUGGACCGGUUGGACCAACUGGCCUGUUGGUCCUAUGGACCGGUUGGACCAACUGGCCUGUUGGUCCUAUGGACGGUUGGACCAACUGGCCUGUUGGUCCUAUGGACCGGUUGGACCAACUGGCCUGUUGGUCCUAUGGACCGGUUGGACCAACUGGCCUGUUGGUCCUAUGGACCGGUUGGACCACUGGCCUGUUGGUCCUGUGGACCGGUUGGACCAACUGGCCUGUUGGUCCUAUGGACCGGUUGGACCAACUGGCCUGUUGGUCCUAUGGACCGGUUGGACCAACUGGCCUGUUGGUCCUAUGGACCGGUUGGACCAACUGGCCUGUUGGUCCUAUGGACCGGUUGGACCAACUGGCCUGUUGGUCCUAUGGACCGGUUGGACCAACUGGCCUGUUGGUCCUAUGGACCGGUUGGACCAACUGGCCUGUUGGUCCUAUGGACCGGUUGGACCAACUGGCCUGUUGGCCGAAUGGACCGGUUGGACCAACUGGCCUGUUGGUCCUAUGGACCGGUUGGACCAACUGGCCUGUUGGUCCUAUGGACCGGUUGGACCAACUGGCCUGUUGGUCCUAUGGACCGGUUGGACCAACUGGCCUGUUGUCCUGUGACCGGUUGGACCAACUGGCCUGUUGGUCCUAUGGACCGGUUGGACCAACUGGCCUGUUGGUCCUAUGGACCGGUUGGACCAACUGGCCUGUUGGUCCUAUGGACCGGUUGGACCAACUGGCCUGUUGCCGAUGGACCGGUUGGACCAACUGGCCUGUUGGUCCUAAUGGACCGGUUGGACCAACUGGCCUGUUGGUCCUAUGGACCGGUUUGACCAACUGGCCUGUUGGUCCAAUGGACGGUUGGACCAACUGGCCUGUUGGUCCUAUGGACCGGUUGGACCAACUGGCCUGUUGGUCCUAUGGACCGGUUGGACCAACUGGCCUGUUGGUCCUAUGGACCGGUUGGACCAACUGGCCUGUUGGUCCUAUGGACCGGUUGGACCAACUGGCCUGUUGGUCCUAUGGACCGGUUGGACCAACUGGCCUGUUGGUCCUAUGGACCGGUUGGACCAACUGGCCUGUUGGUCCUAUGGACCGGUUGGACCAACUGGCCUGUUGGUCCUAUGGACCGGUUGGACCAACUGGCCUGUUGGUCCUAUGGACCGGACCAACUGGCCUGUUGGUCCUAUGGACCGGUUGGACCAACUGGCCUGUUGGUCCUAUGGACCGGUUGGACCAACUGGCCUGUUGGUCCUAUGGACCGGUUGGACCAACUGGCCUGUUGGUCCUAUGGACCGGUUGGACCAACUGGCCUGUUGGUCCUGUGGACCGGUUGGACCAACUGGCCUGUUGGUCCUGUGGACCGGUUGGACCAACUGGCCUGUUGGUCCUAUGGACCGUUGGACCAACUGGCCUGUUGGUCCUAUGGACCGGUUGGACCAACUGGCCUGUUGGUCCUAUGGACCGGUUGGACCAACUGGCCUGUUGGUCCUAUGGACCGGUUGGACCAACUGGCCUGUUGGUCCUAUGGACCGGUUGGACCAACUGGCCUGUUGGUCCUAUGGACCGGUUGGACCAACUGGCCUGUUGGUCCUAUGGACCGGUUGGACCAACUGGCCUGUUGGCCCUAUGGACCGGUUGGACCAACUGGCCUGUUGGUCCUAUGGACCGGUUGGACCAACUGGCCUGUUGGUCCUAUGGACCGGUUGGACCAACUGGCCUGUUGGUCCUAUGGACCGGUUGGACCAACUGGCCUGUUGGUCCUAUGGACCGGUUGGACCAACUGGCCUGUUGGUCCUAUGUGGACCGGUUGGACCAACUGGCCUGUUGGUCCUAUGGACCGGUUGGACCAACUGGCCUGUUGGCCUAUGGACCGGUUGGACCAACUGGCCUGUUGGUCCUAUGGACCGGUUGGACCAACUGGCCUGUUGGUCCUAUGGACCGGUUGGACCAACUGGCCUGUUGGUUACUAAUGGACCGGUUUGGAACCUGGCCUGUUGGUCCUGUGGGACCGGUUGGACCAACUGGCCUGUUGGUCCUAUGGACCGGUUGGACCAACUGGCCUGUUGGUCCUAUGGACCGGUUGGACCAACUGGCCUGUUGGUCCUAUGGACCGGUUGGACCAACUGGCCUGUUGGUCCAUGGACCGGUUGGACCAACUGGCCUGUUGGUCCUAUGGACCGGUUGGACCAACUGGCCUGUUGGUCCUAUGGACCGGUUGGACCAACUGGCCUGUUGGUCCUAUGGACCGGUUGGACCAACUGGCCUGUUGGUCCUUGGACCGGUUGGACCAACUGGCCUGUUGGUCCUAUGGACCGGUUGGACCAACUGGCCUGUUGGUCCUAUGGACCGGUUGGACCAACUGGCCUGUUGGUCCUAUGGACCGGUUGGACCAACUGGCCUGUUGGUCCUAUGGACCGGUUGGACCAACUGGCCUGUUGGCCGAAUGGACCGGUUGGACCAACUGGCCUGUUGGUCCUAUGGACCGGUUGGACCAACUGGCCUGUUGGUCCUAUGGACCGGUUGGACCAACUGGCCUGUUGGUCCUAUGGACCGUUUUGGACCAACUGGCCUGUUGGUCCUAUGGACCGGUUGGACCAACUGGCCUGUUGGUCCUAUGGACCGGUUGGACCAACUGGCCUGUUGGUCCUAUGGACCGGUUGGACAACUGGGUUGCGGCCCGGAUGGCCAGUUUGGCAACUGCCGGUUGGACCAUAACUGGCCUGUUGGUCCUAUGGACCGGUUGGACCAACUGGCCUGUUGGUCCUAUGGACCGGUUGGACCAACUGGCCUGUUGGUCCUAUGGACCGGUUGGACCAACUGGCCUGUUGGUCCUAUGGACCGGUUGGACCAACUGGCCUGUUGGUCCUAUGGACCGGUUGGACCAACUGGCCUGUUGGCCGAAUGGACCGUUUGGACCAACUGGCCUGUUGGUCCUAUGGACCGUUGGACCAACUGGCCUGUUGGCCUAUGGACCGGUUGGACAACUGGCCUGUUGGUCCUAUGGACCGGUUGGACCAACUGGCCUGUUGGUCCUAUGGACCGGUUGGACCAACUGGCCUGUUGGUCCUAUGGACCGGUUGGACCAACUGGCCUGUUGGUCCUGUGGACCGGUUGGACCAACUGGCCUGUUGGUCUCCUGUGA